AUGCCCUCCAACAAAGAUCGACUCUAUAUCGGCUUACACGCGCGUGCAGGGGGCCCUACCAUGCCCGGGAAGGAAGAUACCUACCACUGGGCGUUAUUCAUUGCACCGAAGAACGAAAUCAAAUCCAGCGUAUGCCUCCACUAUGACGCUAAAGAGCGCCUGAAAGCAGACGGCACCGGGGAGUGGUACUUCGAAGAGUCGACCCGCUCGGUCGGUCCGACGAAUAUGCUGUUGGUUCGAAUCAUAGUGGCUAAGGUAACUGAUAAAGGCCGCUUGAUGAGCUUGAUCAGGAAGACGCCUGUGAAGCAGAACACGCCGGGCUGGAAUUGCGUGGCAUGGGUGAAGGAGGCGUUGGACAGGGUAAAUGCGGACGGCAAGGUGCUGGGGAGAUGUGUAUUGGACUGGGGUGUCGUUCGGGAUGCAGCGAUGAGGUAUUGUCAGACGAAAAGAGAUGAGCAUCGAUUUGAUGGGAAAGGGUUCUUUGAUAUGGAGACUGUUCCGACGUUUGAUUUGAUUGAGGGCAAGGAGACUGUGGUCUAG